AUGGAAGCAUCGCUUAUUCGACUUCAUUUCCACGAUUUUUUCGUUCAGGGUUGCGAUGCAUCAAUUUUGCUUGAUGAUACUCCCUCAAUAUUGGGUGAGAAAACAGCGCAAAACAAUGCUGGCUCCGUAAGAGGAUACGAAGUCAUUGAUGAUGUCAAGUGCAAAGUGGAGAACCUUUGUCCUGGCGUUGUAUCAUGUCAUGCAGAUAUUCUAGCAGUUGUAGCUCAAGAUGCAUCUGUUGCUGUCGGCAGGCCAACUGCAUGGACGUUGAAGCUUGGAAAAAGAGACUCUACUACAGCAAGCCUUGGCCUAAGUACCGAGACGAACCUCCCUAAGUUUACGGAUGGUCUUGAUAGGAUUCACGAGAAUGCAAGUGAUAUUGAUGCUGGUUUUGCUAGUACUAGAAAGCGCAAGUGUUCACUUGCUGUAGGUAACGAAGAUGCGAAGAUAGCACCGCUUGAUUUGGUGACACCCAAUUCUUUUGAUAAUAAUUACUUCAAGAAUCUCACUCAGAAGAAGGGUCUUCUCAAAUAUGAUCAGAUACUAUAUAGUGGAGGAUCCACAGACAGCAUUGUUACAGAGUAUAGCAAGGGCCAUUCAACUUUCAAAGAUGAUUUUGCUGCUGCUAUGGUUAAAACGGGAGAUAUCGAUCUCAUCAUAGGAUCUCAACGACAUGAGAUACGAAAACUUUGCAGUGCUGUCAACUAA